AUGUUGCAGCAGCCUCGGCACCCAGACAUCGCCGACAAGGACGGCUUCACUGCGCUGAUGGCAGCUUCUCGAAAUGGCCAGGUGGAUGUUGUGUGCUUCACUGCCCUGAUGAUGGCCUCUGUCAACGACCAUGUUGAAGUCGCGCAGUUGCUGCUGGAUGGUGGCAACGACAUCAACUUGGCCAACAACAUUGGCUUCACGGCUCUGAUGCUGGCGUCUUUCCGCGGCUAUGCUGAAGUCGUCCGGUUGCUGCUGGAUGCCGGCGCCGACAAGAACAUGGGCAUUCGCAAUGGCAAAACUGCCCUGAUGCUGGCAUCCCAGAGGGGCGCGGUUGAAGUCGUGCGUUUGCUGGAGGCGGCCGAUCUCGACAAGCACUCAACCUAG